AUGGCAUACACCUUGUCAUUGAACGAUGACCCUGAAUAUAUGAGAUCCAAAACGCCUCCUCUUCGAAGCGCAUCUGUGGAUGAAGUAAGCUUAAUGCGGAAACCAAGUAAUGGUGAUAAUUCUGAGUCAGAGUUUGAUCCAGAUGCGUCUACUAGAUCAGGUGAAAGUGGCCUUCUGUCCGGUUCCGGUUCGGAAAGCGGUAGUAAUAAUGGUAUGCAUCGAUCGCGGUCUCAGCGUGGAAAACGCCGAGGACGACGUCGCCCUAGGGUAAACAGUGAAGAAAUCAGACAUACCAAACCUCUUAGACGAAUGAGCAAACCCAAACGGAAUAGCCUGCUUUCCAAGUUUCUAGGUUCGUCCAAAGGCAAGAACCUUGGAUCAGGCGGAGGCUCCACAGCAAGCGGCGAGACAUUGUCGAAUACGGCAGAUAAUUCAUCGAUAUCCCCUGAAGAACUUCACAAUUCUUACAACAGCAACAAUGGGUCCAGUCCCAUGUUCAAAAGUCUGACCAAGAUGGUCCGCCGAAACACUCUAGACUCGGUUG